AUGAAGGUCUGUGCGCAGAACUGCGGCAAGAACGAUGCCGGCGCCUUUACGGGCGAGUGGACAGCCGCCAACCUGGUUGAUCUCGGCAUCUCCUGGACCUUGCUAGGCCACUCGGAACGGCGGAGCCUCUACGGCGAGACGGAUGCAGACGUUGCCGAGAAGGUUGCCAAGUGUCAGGAAGCUGGGCUGAACGUGAUCCUCUGCAUCGGCGAGAAGUUGGAGGAGAGAGAAGGCGGAAAGACUGACGAGGUCAACAAGAGGCAGCUGGGCGCCUGCAUUCCCAAGAUCAAGGACUGGGACAAGGUGGUCAUCGCCUACGAGCCCGUGUGGGCCAUCGGAACUGGCAAGGUCGCCAGCCCCGAGCAGGCGGAGGAGACGCAGAAGGCCAUCCGCGCCUACCUCUCCGAGGCAGCUGGUGCCGCGGUCGCGGAGAAGGUGCGUAUCCAAUACGGCGGCAGCGUGAACCCCGAGAACUGCGCCGAGCUCAUGAAGCAGCCGAACAUCGACGGCUUUCUGGUGGGCGGCGCCUCUUUGAAGCCGACCUUCAUGGACAUCGUGAAGACGGCGGGCCCCUCAAAGAUGGUGGACGUGUGGCCCCUCUACGAAGCCAAGAUGGAGAAGGAGGGAUGCAACAAAGCAGCUAUCGAUGCCUUCAAGUACACCUUCGGCGUGCUUGCGUCAGGGAAAGACGUGAUGCUGCCAGAGACGAAGCUCGACCCCGUAGAGUCCCUGCCGACCUUCGAGAAGCUGCGGCUGAAGCCGGACUCCAGGUUGUUGAAGAAGACCCUCAUUCUGAAGCUCAACGGUGGCUUGGGAACUGGCAUGGGCCUUGAGAAGGCGAAGUCGCUGCUGGAGGUGACGCAGGGCAAUACCUUCCUCGAUCUUAUCGCCAAGCAGGUGGAGUGGAUGAAGAAGGAGUUCAAGACUGACCUGAAGUUCAUGCUCAUGAACUCCUUCGCGACCUCUGCUGACACGCUGGAGGCAUUGAAGAAGUACACAGAGCUCGGCACCGGGUCAGACUUGGAGUUCGUGCAGAACAAGGCGCCCAAGGUCACGGCGAGUGACUUAAGCCCAGCCGACUGGGAGAAGGACCACUCGCAUGAGUGGUGCCCGCCUGGUCACGGAGACCUCUACCCUGCCAUGCUGGGAAGCGGCACGCUUGACAAGCUGCUGAAGAAGGGCUACAGGUACAUGUUUGUGUCCAACUCCGACAACUUGGGCGCCACGAUGGACCUGAAGAUCCUCACGCACUUCGUGAACUCCGGGGCUCCUUUCAUGAUGGAAGUGGCGGAGCGAACAGAUGCCGACAAGAAGGGGGGGCACUUGGCGCAGGACAAGGCCAGCGGAGGACUCUUGCUGCGGGAGUCGGCGCAGUGCCCGGAUGCGGAUGAGAAGGAGUUCCAGAACACCAGCAAGUACCAGUUUUUCAACACGAACAACCUGUGGGUCGACCUCAGCGCCCUGAAGAACCUCUUCCGCAAGUUCGACGGGGCACUGCCUUUGCCGGUGAUGAAGAACUCCAAGACGGUGGAUCCACGAGACAAGAGCUCCACCAAGGUGUUGCAGCUGGAGACCGCCAUGGGCGCGGCCAUCCAAUGUUUCCCUGGGGCCUCCGCCUUGGUGAUCCCCCGGUCCCGCUUCGCGCCGGUGAAGACCACGAAUGACUUGCUGGCGCUGCGGUCAGAUGCCUACACCCUGACAGAGGACUUCAGGAUCGUUUUGAAGGACGAGCGGGAGGGAGUUCCUCCCGACGUGAAGCUGGACGGCAUGUACAAGUUCACGGACGCCAUGGAGAAGAUGAUCCCCAACGGCCCUCCCUCGCUGGUGGCCUGCAAAAAGCUGGUGGUGGAGGGCGAGAUCUCUUUCGCCAAGGAUGUGGUGAUCAAGGGCACCGUGACCAUCAAAAACACCGGUGGUGGUUGCAAGGAGGUUCCCAGUGGCACCUACGAGGACACGGUCAAGGACCGUAGACAAGAGACAGCAGUGGCAGCAGAUCUUGCCCAGACCUCUUACCGCAGCUUUUCACAGCCAAGCUCAGCGCGGUUUGGCCGGCGGCGUGACACUAUGAACUUUUUAGCCGUCGGCGUCGUGAUCUUCAUCUCGUUGCACGUCACCUUGCUGCGCGACAGUUCGCGAUGGACCUUCGAGCAGCUCCGGCAGCUGGCGCCGGUGGCCGCAGCCACUCCAGAGCAGCGGCUGCGCAAGGCCGUAGGCUUCCAGCUGGUUGACAAGUACCCGAAUGCAACUGCUUCGGGUAGAAACUUCGUGAAAGCUGCCAGUCCAACUGAGUCCAUUCGAUGGAUUCGCGCCGGCAUGUCGGAUGUGCGGAAAAAGAGCUACAUAAUUUGCGCUAGCAUUUUCGUCCACCUGGUGCCACUGCACCCAGUACAGUUCAUAUUGUUCGAGAACAAUGGCAAGGACGACGCGCCAAAAGUUGCCAUCAAAGUGGCAAUGUUGGCGGGCAUGUACUUGCAGCAUUUGGUGGUGGCAGCAGGCUUUUUCAGACCGAAUCACCGACAAGUUCGAUGGCUGUCCUUCGGCAUCUACCUGUAUUUCACAUGCUUCCUCGUUAUGACUAGUCCCAACUUGUUGGAUGGCAAAGAAGUCCUACAGGAUGCCUUGACAAACGUCAAGUAUGCCGUCAUCUCCCGCUUCUUCUUAGCCAUUGUUUUCAUGGACACUGAGCUGGCGGUGGGAGGCCAGCUGCUCAUCUCGGCGGUCGUGGUGUACACGCAAAGCUCGGUGCUGCCGCUGGCCGCCUGCAUUUUCGAUGAGCUCAACAUCUACUGCAGCAUCAUUCUUCUCUCCAUGAUCCUCGAGUUCCUGCUGCAGUCCAGGGUUCAGGCCUUGUUGGAUUCGGCAGAGGCGGAAUCCAUGCUUUCCAGCUUCCGGCGUAUGCUGCGGGGUGUUUGCGAUGGGGAUAUCCUUUUAGACAGCAACCUGCAGAUCCAGGGGAGCCCCGAAUGUCUGAAGCACCUCUUGAUGAGCACGGCGGACAUGAGCGGAAAGGACUUCAACCGCUUGAUCGCCUCGGAUGAGGAGGAAAGUUUUCAGCGAUUCAUCGCUUUUUCCACAUCCACGGCCAAGAACAACAGCCAGGCUGACCGCCACGCGCCGCCCUGCCUGCGCUUGUCUUUGCGAGGUUCCAUGGACAUGCGUGUGGCCGUGGACAUGUUCCACGUGCCGCUGCCAAACCCAUCCGGGGCAGAGGAGCCGUACCAUUUGCUGGCCGUCCGUGAGGACGCGGAGAGCCGGGCACCGCAGACCGCGCGGCACAUCCCGGCGCCUGGGGUGGUGCCGGUGCUGCCGCGGCAGACGCCAAGUACCGGGUCUCGCAGCUCCAAGUCCUCGUCCUCGUCCUCCUCGCAUUCUUCGAAGAGCUCCGCGAAGAGCUGCGCUUGGCAGAACUUCCCUGAGCUGGCGGAGAUGACCCUCAUGGUGAACGUCAGGACCCCGCAGCACAACGUGGAGCAGGUGACGCUAAGCUGCGCAUCUCCCAUGUUCAGCCUGAGGAAGCUUGCUCAGCCAACAGAUUGGGAGACCAUUCGGAAGCUACUCGAGAGCCGUGCAGAUCAGGCAGAGAACGGUCUACAAGAGAGUGGGCCAGGGUCAAUCAAGAAGUUGCAGUUCCGCAGUCCCAGCGGCGAAAAGCUGUGCGCAAGGGAUGUGGAAGUCGAAGCCUGCCGAGCGCAUGGAGCUUGGAGGAUCCGGCUUCGCCUCACCAACUUCGAGAAAGAGCGCCACAGGUCUCCCAUGCAGGGCAUCCACGAAGCGCCGUGA